UAAGUAUUUCCUAACAAGGUUUCGCUUAUUCAGCUACGGCUCUAUCCUCGGCCAGCUUCGGCUUCAAUGAGCUCAUACGUACAGGAAGAGGUGUAUGUACAUCAUUGUUUAAGCUUGAGUUAGUUACAACUUCAUACGUAAACUCUUGCGAUAUCUUAUUUAUUUAUGAGGUGAACGACCUCUUAUUCAAUAUAUUGCAAAUUAACUCCUUACAAAUUAAUUAUCAAUUCUCCAUUGUAAUUCCAUUGAAACGCUUGUAUAUCAAAGUAGUUACGAUUCAUUAGCUUCGCAAACCAAACCAUGAACACAUUACGGACUUUGAGGCCACUAGCCUCCCGCCUUCAACCCUAUACUCUCCCUAGAACAACCCGUCAAUUCUCUGCUACCGCAACUAGAUCUUAUGAGUACAUAUUGGUAUCAGAGCCUAGGCCAGGCGUCGGUCAAGUAACCCUCAACAGACCCAAGGCCCUUAAUGCCUUGUCUACACCUCUCAUCAACGAGCUCAACCAGGCCCUAGACGAGCUCAACUCGUCGGACGGCAUCUCAGCCAUCAUCCUAACGGGAUCCGAGAAGGCUUUUGCCGCCGGAGCUGAUAUCAAGGAGAUGGCGCCCCUCACCUUCUCGGAAGCAUACACCAAGAGCUUCAUCGAGUCGUGGUCGCAGCUCACGACGCAAGUCAAGAAGCCCAUCAUCGCGGCGGUUUCGGGACACGCCCUCGGCGGUGGGUGCGAGCUCGCGAUGAUGUGCGACAUCAUGUACUGCACGGAGACGGCGAAUUUCGGGCAGCCGGAGAUCAAGCUGGGGACGAUCCCGGGGGCGGGCGGGAGCCAGCGGCUGACGCGGGCGAUCGGCAAGGCGCGCGCGAUGGAGAUCAUCCUGACGGGGCGGUCGGUGUCCGGGACCGAGGCCGCGCAGUGGGGGCUCGCGGCCCGGGCUUUCCCCAGCUACGAGGCGCUGAUGGAGGGCGCGCUGAAGACGGCCGAGACCAUCGCCGGCUACUCCAGGGUCGCGGUCAUCGCGGCCAAGGAGGCGGUGAACAAGAGCCAGGACCUGCCGCUGCGGGACGGCGUCGAGUACGAGAGGCGCGUGUUCCACUCGCUCUUCGGCAGCCAGGACCAGAAGAUUGGCAUGAAGGCUUUCGCGGAGAAGAAGAAGCCGGAGUGGAAGCAUGAAUAAAUAAUGGACGAUGUCAUGGUUGUACGAAUGUGACGUGGCGGUUUAUAGGAAAAUGGUUAAGGCAUUGAAUCUAAUCCACCAAGACACAUUGAGGUUUGAGGCUUGAGAGAUGUGGAAUUAUAUUGGCGGUACCUCAUAACUGCUGCCGUAUGCUCAGACCCGGGGUUUCGAAUCACUUGUACAUAUCACGUUUAAAAUCAAACCAAUUACCUACUCUCGCCAAUAUUAAGAAUACAUACCUAAGGUACCUACUGAUAUUAGUCGCAAUUCAAAGACCCUAAAUCUGGAUACCCAUCAUAAGUUGCUAGCAGUUUAUAGGCAACGUUUUGACAUAUGCGAAUUGAGACCAUUUACUGACGCCACUUCGACUACCUAUGCUGCUACGCCGGUCACGCUCCGAUGGUGGGGUUAAUAGGUACCUGG